UCACAACUCACAACAACGAAGGAGGUGUGUCUGCUUUUAUUCUGUAGAAAAUAAACAAAUAUAAUAAGAUGUCAGCAACAUUGAAGCCCUAUUUAACAGCAGUGAGGCACACUCUAACUGCGGCAAUGUGCCUGGACAACUUUAGCUCUCAAGUGGUCGAAAGGCACAACAAACCCGAGGUAGAGGUUAGGAGCUCUAAGGAGCUAUUACUCACCCCUGUAAUUAUUUCCAGAAAUGAUAAGGAAAAGGUUCUUAUUGAGACUUCAGUCAAUUCUGUCCGCAUAAGCAUAGCGGUGAAACAAGCGGAUGAAAUCGAGAAAAUCCUUUGCAAAAAAUUCAUGAGGUUCAUGAUGAUGCGUGCAGAAAACUUUAUUGUCCUACGCAGAAAACCUGUCGAAGGCUACGACAUUAGUUUCCUGAUAACCAACUUUCACACCGAGCAAAUGUACAAACACAAAUUGGUGGAUUUCGUGAUACACUUUAUGGAAGAAAUUGAUAAGGAAGUUUCGGAAAUGAAGUUAGCCGCCAACGCCAGAGCUAGGAUUGUCGCCGAGGAAUUUUUAAAGAGGUUUUUGAAUUUGCCAGAAACCAAAGACUAGACUGGGACGUAGUUUUUGUUUCUAGAAAUUGAUGCUCAAGGCAAGAAGUACAUAGUUGCAAUUAUUAGAAUACUUCGGAACAAUUCACCCUAUAAAGUGAGAUGAUAAAUAGUUAAGCAGCAAGUUUUGGCUCUUAUAUUAUUUUGUCAAUUAUUGGUUUUGCAGAAAAUUCAAUUGUUUUAUACUCUAUUUUAGCUUUUCUUUAUGAGUAUGAAGUAAAUUCUAUAGCAAAAACAUCUGUCUCAAAGCAAAGGAAUGUAUACCCCAGAUUCGAAAAUAAUUUUUUUUGCUGGUCUAAUAUUCUUAACAUAGAUCUCGACAUAGAUAUCUUUGACAACUCAUCUGUUAAUAUGUUCUUUUUUAUACCUACACUAUAUUGACUUCUUUAUACUUUUUAAUAAUUUUUGUAAUGUAUAUAGCAUAGUAAAAAAACGUAUUAUUAUUAGGCCCUUUGUUUAUAUACAGGGUGUCCCACGAGGUUGUUCCCGAAUGAUAAUUUCGGAAUAUUUUUAUCAUUUUCUUUAACAAAGCCUUAACAAAUAUGGCAUUGCCGAUUUUGUGAUUUAAUUUUCUAACUAAAAAUGGCAUAAUAUACCAUGAGUUACAUUUAAGAUUCGAAAGUUGACGUCACUUGCCCGAAAUUGAAGUGAAAGUGGUGAAAUUGGAUGACAAUGGUAAAAGCGGUACAAAAAGUUACCCAGAUCCUCAAAAUUUCAAUUAUAUUGGAUGACACGUUCCGAAGAGUUAUUACCUGGGAAAAACGUCGUGGGACACCCUGUAUAAUAAUGCUUGUUUAGUUUUUGUUUAAACCUAACUAUAGGUACAUAAUAUGUAAUUAAUUACUUUGAAAAUAAAACAAGUUUUUAAAAAUAAUUUAGUUUUAUUUGGAACAGUUUUACAUAGAAAUAAGAAAGUGAUUUUUAACAAAUAAAAAAUACAUAUGUACACAAUUUUAUUUAUAAACAAAAUAGAGUAAAACAUAAUAAAUUACCUAAAAACAAUAAGAGAGUAAAUAUUUGUGACACAAAUAUAUACAAAACAAAAUACUGUAUGGAAUAAUUUCAAUAAAGCCCGGGUUCCUUUAAUCUUAAGGGCAGGUUGACACGGGUAGUGAAGCACGCUCGUGGGUUACGCUUUCGUGGAUCACGGUUCAUGUCAGCAGCAGAGUCGUGAACGAAAAAUGGAAACGAACUGAUAUGAAAGGCGCCACGAUCGUGAGCAAGCAAAUUAAACCUGUUUGAUAUUUCACGAACCAUUUUCAGUGGAUUCAGUCGUGAAAAAGCAGUCAGCCAUUGAACAAGCAACAAAAUGUCUGGCGGAAAUCUACGAAUGAGCGAUGCAGAAACGUUGAAAUUCUUUCUUUCUCUGAGUAUCUGUACUGCAACUCCUGAUGAACGAAAUGCGCUGCUCCGGACCGGUCUCUGUUUUGAAUUCAUUCUCUCACCCACCAUCUGCGCUGUCUCCUUUUUUUUAAUCACUCUAGUACGAUUGGUAAGUUGUGAAUGUUGUGAUACGAGAUAAUGUCUUAAUAUUUUGCACACCACUGCACAACCUUCUGCUAUCGAUGAAGCCAUAUUGAUGACUGGCACUUUUCUUCAGCAAAAGCUGCACGACCAUUUGCACGACUGAACAUAUUACAGUGUAAACACCACAGAAUGCCUUAACGAAACGAUUGCGAGCAAGCGUAUUUCACGAAUCAUUUCAAGCUUGACCCACGAGCAUGCUUCACUACCCGUGUCAACCCGCCUUAACAGAGGAAUUUAAAUUAGGCCUGAAAACAUUACCGAGAUGACACUGAUACAAUUUUUAACAUUAGUUUUUGCGAUUAGUAAAAUAUUCUUCUGCAUACGAUAAUAUUAGUCCUAUAAACUAUAUUGCAUAAAAAAUCUACAAAAAUUUUGAAAUAAAAAUCUAUUACGUAAUAAUUUCACUUCUUCAAAAUUAAACAGGCUUGUCACAUAAAUCUAAAUUUUCUAAAAGUUAUUAUCGUGUUAAUAUUUGAAGGCGAUUGUGUUGAAUAGGCUAAAAAAUGUAUACCCCGCAUUCACUAAUUCAAAUAUUCUAAAGUCCCAUUAUUGUCCAAAUGCUAGAGAAUUCCUAGUUGACCCAACUGAAAAAAAAAACAAAUUAAUAAUUUUUCUAAUAUGUAUAAGACAAUUCCUUACCAAUGUCUGUUUCUGUUGCUCCUUCUGUAAUACAGCCUCGGUUUGGCCAGGAUCAAAUUUACAUACAGCCGCAAUCACUCUAGCCAAAACCAUACCUUCUUUGCCCAACAUGUAAUUGUACAAAACGUUUUUCAAAUAUUCGAUUUCAGUCGAGCUACUAGACAAUUCAGUGCAAUGAUUUAAUGUCACCAAAGUCUCGUCUAGUUUUCGAUUUAGCUUUUCGUUUCUGAUUUUCAUUUUUUGCAGCUCGUUUUCGUAAAACUCUAUAGAGCUCUUGUUUGUCAUGUCUAUGGAUUUGUAUUGCAACACUUUGUCUUUGAGAUUUUCGAUUUCUGUUUGUGAUAUCUGGUAGCCCUCGCUAGUUGGCCCAUUUUGAGUUGGUAGGGCUGAUAAUAGAGAGUUUUCUUGUUUUGUUAUCAUC